AGUUUCCGUAUUGACGCCGCCGCGUAUAUGUAGCCAUCUCUCUGGCUAGCCAGCGCCUAGCCUAAAGCAUAAAAAGUGGAAGACAUACUGUGUCAGAAGAAGAAGCAACGGGAACUUAGCAGAAAAUUGCAUUUGAAGCAAAUUUACACCAGAAUAAAGUGGAGGCAGGAAGUGUACAGACAGCUGUGGCAACAUGUGAUAACUGUCGCUAAAAUUGCAGUGCACACAUCCAUUUAAACAUAAAACAUGUAUCCACAACAGCGGCAACAUACUAAAUAGCAGUAAACAGUGCUGCCAAGUGGUGUAAAGUGAAAAGUUGUCGAAUAAAUGUAGCGUCCUUGGUUAACGACAAACGUCGAAACUAGAACAGGCGCCAAAAGAACAAUAAGAAAAGAAGCAGACCCCAGGAGUCUCCAAUACCAACGCGCGCUUACACCAACACACAUACCCAUGCAUACACACAGUGAAAAGGGUGUGAUGAAAAAAAAUAUGGCAGCACCAACAUCACCUACAACAACAACAACAGCAGCAGCAGGAGGAGGUAACUCUGAGACAGGUGGCGUAGGGUUUGGCACUGAUAGCGGGAACGGCAUCGAUAUGCUCAAGGCUUUAUAUGACUUUCAAGCGGUUUAUCCCAAGACGAUCAGCUUCGAUGAGGGCGAGUACUUUAUACUAUAUCAGACAUCUGCACGCCAGCGUAAUUGGUGGCAGGUAGUGAGUAUGAAGGGCAAUAUUGGCUUUGUGCCAUCCAAUUACGUAAUGAAGAUUAAGGUGGAGCAUGAUUUUCUCAUCGGUUUUCUUAACUCAUCGAUUGAGUCGCUGGAAAAGUGUGCUGAGCCUGAAAUCAAUGGCAUUAUGUCCAAGGAUGAGUUGCUUGAUAGGCUGCGCGAGAAGAAGCACACCAUGGAGCGUCUGUAUGCGGAGAGCUCGGAGCGUGAUGGUGAUUCAUCCCUAUCCUAUUCGCACAGCUACAGCGACAAGCAGCAACUGAGUGGCAGUCAUAAUCAUACGCACAGACAUUCCCAUUCCCACUCGCACUCCCAUUCGCCACAUCAGCACCACUCGCAGCAUAAUAGUCCGCCCGCCACUAAACGCCUGGACAUCAGCAAGAAGAGCAUGUCCAGUCCUGCGGUGGGUAGCAGCAUACCACAUGCCAUGCCAGAAUCACCCAGCAUGGGCAGCAUGCAAUUGCAGAGCAGCAGCUGCACCAUACAGACUCCACAGCAGCAUCAUCAACAGCAACAGCAGCAGCAGCAGCAACAACAACACCAGCAGCAGCAGCAGCCGCUGCCCGCGCCACCGCUGGUGGCCAGCACCUCAGCCGCUGCAGCGGCAGCAGCGGCGGCAGCAGCACAGAAAGCAGACGUAGCGCAGGAUAAUAGCAUUACAUCGGAACCUUCGGAGACUACCACUACCACCACCACAACCAGCGAGGAUGUCGUGACGACCUACAAGGAGACGAGUCAACUAAGCGCCAGCAAUGGUGCAACUAUUGCUGCUAGCGCUGCCGCCGCCAGCAGCGCAGUGACUACACAGCCGCUGAAUGGUAACGGCGCUGCUGCGGCGCCAACUGAUGAGCAGCUGAGCUUGAGUCUAAGUCUUAGCCAAGGCGCCGAGGACAAGUCGGAAGUGAGCGAUGAUGGCUGCAAUGGCGCCAAUGCGGUCAAUAAUAGUGGCGACAAUAGCCAGGCGCUGGAUGACAGCAUUGAGAGUCCAUCGCAUCGUUUGGCCACGGGCAACACUAGCACGUUGGCUAAUGGCCGAGGUCAGCUCAAGGUGGAGUCAUCGGAUGUUUAUCAAAUAGUCGAUGCACUGCGUCGCAAUACGAAUCUUAGCUUUGACUUGUCCUGCGAGGCGCUGCGUGUGGUGCUGACCAGCUUGGAGCAGCUGUACAAUGGCGCCAUCAAUCCGUACCUGGAAGCUGUGGCGGUGCACGUAACUGGCAAGGUGGCCACGCCCAAAGAGCUGCUGGGCAUCACGCAUGACUCGAAGCGACUGCAAUAUCUCUUCUCACAGCUGGCCGACUGCAAGAACGACACAGAGCAACGCACCUGGAUGCUCUACGAGGAUGAGGAUGACAUUAUACAGUUUCUAGAGGAGCUGGUGGAAAUACUGAACAAUGCGGAUGAGAACAUUAGCUGCUAUGAAAUGUCUUGCGAUCAGUACCAAAUGUUUAUCAACCUGGUGCAAUAUUAUCAGAUGGAAACGCGUUGGUCAAUCAAGCGACUGCUCCUGCAAGCCUUCACUGCUGCCUGCCACUUGGAUCACAUCAUUGUGGACAUACUGUUGACAUCGGUGCUGCCGCUCGAGAUUGUCGAAGAUAUGAAGACGCACUUUGCCAAUUUGGAUCGUUUCAAGCAGCUGGUGAAAAUGCUAACCAUCAUCUUCUCACUGGGGCAGCCUAUGCCUGUCAAUCAUCAGGAUUAUCUGGGUGUACACUUUGCAAGCUUUCUGCUGGAGAUUGUUGAAGGCAACAAUCCAGAGCUGCUGGUGGACAUGGUGAUUGCUUUGAUACUCGCCUUUAAUCAACAAUUUAGCGAACAUGCGGUGAACGUUAUUAUUGAAGCCAUGCAGAAUCUGCCCACGGCCAAGGUGUUUACUGAGAAGCUGUUGCUGCUGCUCAAUCGUGAAGACGAUCCUACGCGUUUGCUGAAGCAUCGCAAUGAGCAUACAGUGAACACGGUGCUUCGCAUGUUUGUGGACAUAUUCAGCCAUUCGGAUACGGCGGGCAUGUUUUAUACAAAUGACAUUAAGGUGCUAAUUGAUAUUGUGGUGCGUCAGCUGUCGGACUUGGAUGCAGGCAGUGCGACGCGUCCCUGCUAUCUGGAGCUUUGUCGCCGCAUUUUACGCAACACAAACUAUCAGGAGCAUCAGCACCGUAAGCAUGAUCUUAUGAAGAUAUUUACACGCAUCUUUUGCGAGGAGACCGAGUGCAGCGCCUCCGAUCAGCAGCUGGUGCGUGAGAUAGCCAACGAAUUUCCGCAAUUGUUCAAGGCAUAAAUGCUAAAGAAAAACUAUUAACUGUCAAAAGUUUGCUAAAGAGAGGGCCAAACUGCAGAGAAAGUGUGAGCCAAAAGAAAACAUAUUUUGUCUAGAUUCGAAGCUGCACCUAAUGAAUGAUGUAGCUUUCGUAUAGCCUUAAAAAGAACAAAAAUGCAUUUUAACACAUACACACACACAGAAACACAGACACAUACAUACAUUAAUCAGCUUUAGGCGCUAUGCAUGCAUAGAAAUUUCGACAGUUUUAGUCGCGUCAUUUAUCAGAUUGCAAUUAUUAUUUUAAAUAUACAUACUUAAGUCAGCCAAAGCAUUGUUUUUAUUAUA